GGAGCAGACUCGGCGCUUUGCGGACCUGGUGAUGGCGCCUCGAUAUGAGCACAGACGUGUAGGCUCUGGCGCGCGCUGUGCACCAAUUGGCAAAGAAUGUGCCGGCCAAGGGGAUCUCAAGAAAAGCAGCCGCCUGCGGCUUAGUCAGUGCGAGAGUGCGUUUCCAGGAGUGGGGGAGGAGACGCUUUUCUCCAUCCCCCACUCCAACAGCAAAAGCGCCAUGGUUGCUGGUAUAUAAGCUGCUGUGCCCGCACACGCCGCUGCAUUUGUGCUCCAACUUCUCUGUUCUCAACUAGUUUUUCUCUCUUUCUCUUUUUCCUAUUAAAGGCUUUAGCAUACAUUCUUUGACCAUGGUUCUCGCCACCGAACUGAACGCCUACAAGCAGCUCCAGGCCUACUACGAUGCGGCCGGCAAGGACAUCGACAUGCGCCAGCUGUUCAAGUCCGACGCAUCGCGCUUCUCCAAGUACUCCCGCACGCUGAAGCUGUCGUCGCUCGACGGCAAGCACUCGACCGAGCUGCUGGUCGACUUCUCCAAGAACCGCGUCGACGACAAGACGUUCCAGCUCCUGCUUGAUCUGGCCAAGGACGCCAAGCUGGAGGAGUACCGCGAGGAGAUGUUCACGGGCAAGCACAUCAACGUGACUGAGGACCGUGCGGUUCUGCACGUUGCGCUGCGCAACGUCGGCAACGAGCCGAUCUACGAGUCCGGCAAGGACGUGAUGCCCGAAGUCAACGCGGUGCUGGAGCACAUGAAGGAGUUUUCGGAGCAGAUCCGCUCCGGCGCCUGGAAGGGAUACACUGGCGAGCGCAUUACCGAUGUCGUCAACGUCGGCAUUGGCGGCUCUGAUCUGGGACCCGUGAUGGUGACCGAGGCCCUGAAGAAGUUUAGCCAGCCUGGGCUGAACGUCCACUUUGUGAGCAACGUCGACGGCACGCAUAUGGCCGAGGCGGUCAAGAACCUGGACCCGGCCAGGACCUUGUUCAUCAUUGCGUCCAAGACCUUCACCACGCAGGAGACCCUGACCAACGCCCAGUCGGCCAAGGACUGGUUCCUGGCCACCGCCAAGGACGAGGCCCAUGUCGCCAAGCACUUUGUUGCUCUGUCAACCAACACCGAGGGCGUCACCGCCUUUGGCAUUGACGCGAAGAACAUGUUCCAGUUCUGGGACUGGGUCGGCGGGCGCUACUCCCUGUGGUCGGCCAUCGGCCUGUCGAUCGCCAUCUUCAUUGGCUUCGACAACUUCCACGCCCUGCUUGAGGGUGGCCACGCCAUGGACCGUCACUUCCGCACGGCGCCCCUCGAGGACAACCUGCCGGUGCUGCUGGGUCUGCUCGGCAUCUGGUACAACAACUUCUUCGGCGCCGAGACCCAGGCGCUGCUGCCGUACGACCAGUACCUGCACCGCUUCUCGGCGUACUUCCAGCAGGGCGACAUGGAGUCGAACGGCAAGUUUGUGUCACGCGACAGCCGUGAGGUGAACUACCAGACCGGCCCGAUCAUUUGGGGCGAGCCCGGCACCAACGGCCAGCACGCGUUCUAUCAGCUGAUCCACCAGGGCACCAAGCUGAUCCCGUGCGACUUCAUUGCCCCCACGCACACUCUGAACCCGAUCCGUGGCGGUGUGCACCACGACAUCCUGCUGUCCAACUACUUUGCGCAGCCCGAGGCUCUGAUGAACGGCAAGACCCAGGAGGUUGCCCGCGCCGAGAUCCUCAAGGAGGGCAAGCUGACCAGCCAGGCCGAGAUUGACGCCCUGGUGCCGCACAAGUCCUUCAAGGGCAACCGCCCCACCAACUCGAUCCUCGUCAACAAGGUCAUCGAUCCCUUCGCCCUUGGAGCCCUCAUCGCCAUGUACGAGCACAAGAUCUUCACCCAGGGCGCCAUCUGGUUCGUCAACACCUUCUCCCAGGAGGGCGUCGAGGAGGGCAAGCGCCUGGCCAAGGCCAUUCUGUCCGAGCUCGCCAACCAGGACGACGUCAGCUCGCACGACUCGUCCACCAACGGCCUGAUCAACUUCUACAAGGCCAACCGGGCGUAACCCCUGCUGCUUAGCUCUAUGUUUAUCUCUUUGUCCAAAUAACAAGUCACCGAAACCAUCCAUUUCCAGCA